AGAUGAUGGGGAGAGAAUAGAGACCCGACAAUGUGGGUUUUGUGGAUGGAGCAUGGCCGAAUGUCGUUCUCGCUGAUCUCGAGUGAACUGUCUGCUGCACUUGUGACAUGCGGUACUUCUUACCCACUACCACCUUCGCGUAUCCAACGACGCCUUGCCGUUCCCGAAAACCCCUAGGCGGGUGCGCGACGGUAAUAGUUGAGGGAGGGGGUGAUCCGGCAUUGAAGCCGAGAAAUCGUCAGGCCUCGCUCGCGUACUAGGCUCUACCUAUGUAGCUCGUCGGAAGAUAUUGGCCUGUUGGCUGGACCCGUCUACGGUGGCAUUAGUUCUCAGCUUCCGGUGGGCAAAGUCGACACGAAGGUACCAGGUAGGUGGGUGGCUGGGAGGCUCCCGCAGCCUGUCGCUACGGUCUGCGCCCGCUUCUGAAGCGAUUGGGAGCACGCCGAGUUUCGGGUAGCGAGAUGCGAUGUAUCGCGGCAUUGCACACAAGGCAGGGGUCAUUCUUGAUUCAGACCGCCGUUCUACUUGCCCUCGUUGUUGCAGCUGCCUAUGCUGGAGCCUCCGUGCUGCUUGCUGCUUAUAUCGCGGGAGUCGUGGUCAGUUGGUGGAACGAAGAGAAGCUCAGUCUUCCUCUCCAGCCAUGCCGUCCGCACCCGCUACCGCCGAAACUAUUGCGAAUGAGCCAACUAUUACAACCCAACAACCGACAAAUACCCACGGUCCGAGUCAAAACUCCAAUUGCCCCCACGGGGGAAACCCAGCCUUUACAUAUGCCCUCUUUCAAUGUUUAUGAUCAUUAUUAUUAUCAGGCUACCGAGCGGGCGUUCAAGCCGUUCUUCUUUGCGUCGAUCGGAUUCUCGAUCCCCGUCUCCGAGAUGUUUUCAGGGGAAGUCGUCUGGCGCGGCAUGAUCUAUAAGCCUGCUCAUGGCACUCGGCAAAGUUUCUCUGCGGCCUCUGGCUGGGAAUCCCGCGAAACAACUGUGGCCGCAGAGGAGACAUCCGGUUCACGGGUACGCGGCCCAGAUACUGCGGUAGAGCCUAGUGGCAGAGGGGAGAGGUACAAGGCAACGGUUCUUAAAUCGCCCACGAAGCCUCUGUCUCUGUAUCCGGCGGGGAUCUUGUCCUUCGCUAUGAUUGCACGUGGGGAGCUUGGUUUUCUUAUCUCGUCGCUCGCCGAGAGUAAGGGUAUCUUCCGGAACGAAUAUGAAUCAGGGGGCGAAGACGAGGAAGUGUCUGCGAUGUUCCUCAUCAUCACUUGGGCCAUAGUGCUCUGUACCAUCAUUGGUCCGCUUACCGUGGGACUGUUAGUGAGGAGGAUUAGAAGGUUGGAGAAAGAGGACACUGGGGCGCGGGCGGAGGGUUCAAGGAAAGAUAUUCUCGGAGUGUAUGAGGGGUUUAUUAAAACUUUUCUUCGCUUCCGGAGUUCCCUAUACCUAGAAGCCACGCCGCUUUAUAACAGAGAAUGUCCCGAGAUGAAAUCGUAUUACUUGCCCCCGCUAUACUUGUCUACAGCUACUCCUCCCGCCCUAGCCCCUUCUGCCACCUCCUCGCUCAUCGACGCUCUCUUAAAGAAAGUGGUUCAAGGGAUAACUUAGGUAUACAGCCUUAUCCCGCCUACUUUUCGUCCCAUUCAUCGCCAUGUUCGCUCUCGUCUCAAUAUCUCUAUUAAAAUUCCUAAGCCGUAGAAUGAGAGACGAGGAAGAAAAGAAAGCAACAAGAAUGUAGGAGCCCACCACCGUCACAGCGCG